ACUAGCCGUUGUUACUAGUCUGAACCCUCUCUCCCACCCCUUCAAAUUCGAACCCCCCAAACCGCUCGCGAAAUCCCCAAAUCAACGCCUCCUCACGGCAAUCAAUCAAGCAAUCAUCCAUUCACCCCGGGAGAGGCGCGCGCGGGGCUCCUCGUCCACUCCGAUGGCGUCGGAGGCCAGGUCCGGGGGCGCGCGGCGGGUUCCGCUGCGGCCGAGGGACGGCAACGCGGCCGCCUCCCCGUCCUUGGGCGGCGCCGCCCUUGCAAAAUCGAAGGCGAAGGCGAAGGCGGCUGCUGCGUCUCCGCCGUCGGUGAGGUCGUAUGCCGGCAGGGCUGAGGUUGAGAGCAGGGCGGCGGCGGUGGUGAGGGAGAAGGAGGUGUCGCUGGCGGAGGAGCUGGAGAAGGCGCGGGAGCGGCGGGGCCGGCUGCGGGCCGCGCGGCAGGUCACGGAGCGGGCGCUGGCGGAGGCCGACGAGGCGCUGCGGCGGGAGAUGCGGGAGUGGGAGCGCCGGGCGGACGAGCAGCGCCGGGUCGUGGCGGAGCUGAUGCGCCUCAUCGGGAUGCCCGAGGUGUAUGUUCCGGUGGAAUCGCUGAGAUCAAGGGAGGAGAGGAAGAGGAAACAGGGGACCGCGUCUUCAGAUCCUCCGGGUCCGGUCACAGUGGCUUCAACAUUACUAGAGGAAGAAGCCGGAGCAGAUCCCUCCGAUCAGGGACUGCUGGCGACGCCGACAAGGGAAGCGACAACCGAAAGCAGCAGCACUUGAUCCCUUUCUUUGCCACAUUGGCCUGUUUCAAAUUGUUCUGCGCAAGGCCUCCGAAUGAAAUCAAAUGGCUUGUUUGGUACUAUCUGCUUGCGUCCAUACAUGAUAUGGGAUGGUUUUGAAUGUUCAGCGUAUAGAGAACUUGUAUGAAUCGCUCGUCUACACAUGACUUCCUUCUCUA